UCUCGGAAGCACUAAAGAACUUUGAAUUGAAGAAAUUGUAAUUUCGGUAACAAGACAUUUGGGUACAAAAGUAGAACAAUACAAAAAUUUUAUAUUAUGUCACACAAGCGUAACUUGGGCUGUAUGGAGUCGGUUUUCUAAUAAUCUUAAAUCAAAAGAAAAACAUUGAAAGCUUCAUCGGCAUCUCUAAUAGAGUUGUUCUAUCCUAUCCUGUCCUAACAUAUUUAAUGUUCAUACAUGGAAACAAAAUAUACUUUGUACAAGUAUAUACGCCCACAGAUGCAGCAAAAGAAGAAAAGGUAGAAUUGUUUUAUAUACCCUAAACCGGAUGAAUAUCUAAUAAUGAGCUUAUGGGUAUGGUGAUGAAUCUGGCGUUCACAAAAUGGGGAGCACAAAAAUGAAAUUGACUAUAUUUUUUCAAAUAAACCUGAUAGGGUGCAAAACAUUGAGGUAUGGAAUCUAAAUUUCUCUUCAGAUCACAGACCAGUAAGAGUAACGAUAACUCUAUCAAUAUUAAAAAAGAACCGAUCUAUAUUUAAAAACAUACAACUUGCUACACUGAAAAGCGACGAAGAAAUCACUAAAUACCCAGAGAGCAUUUCGGCCCACCUACCAACUCUACCAGAAGAAAACUCCGUGUAAAAAUACAUCAGUCUCAACCUUUUACGAUGCAAAAUUAAAAGCGGUUACUUAAAGCCUUCAAGAAGCCAGAACUGAUAAUGAUAACAAAAAAACAUAAACUAUUAUCAGAAAAUACAUUAACGUUAUUAGAAAGGAGACGUGUAUUAGAAAAUACACCAAACAAAAAUAGGUUCAUGAAAAUUGAACUGUCGGCUUUGCAGAAGCUAAUAAGAAAACGCAUAAAGUACGGCUACACAAAAUAUUGAUCGGAAACUAUAGAGAGACAUCUAAUAGAGUAAGACAGUCCAAAAAGAGCUUUUAAGGAUCUACGUACCAACAAGAUAUGGAUUGAAAGACUAAAUAAUGAGGGGAAAACCCUUAAUAACCGUAAUGGUGUGAUCGAAAUUGCCAAACAAUUUUACAGAACUGUACAGCGCCCCAAAAGCUACUGCAAAUAUUAAUAAUCCAAACUGGAUAACUACAAACUCUACGAAAUGCACACCUUUGUCGAAAUUGAGUGUAUCUGGGUCAACUAUUAGUAGGGUUCACAAUAUCUUGGUCGGGGCCAAUGAUACCGAAAUUGCAAGAUGUAAAACAUUCUCCUAUUCCAAAUGUGUUAACAGAUACACAAGCUUCUUUAAUUGCAUCUUUAAUAUAUAUUGGGUGCAUACCAGGCCCAUAUAUUGUGGGAUGGUUGUCUAACAUGAAAGGUAGAAGACCGUGUUUUGUUCUUGGUGGUGUUAUUGGAACAAUAGGUUACCUCUUGUUAGCGACUACUCGUACUCUAGUGUUGCUUUAUAUCGGAAGAUUGAUGACUGGGGUUGGAAUUGGCUGCAUUUUUCUGAUGAUCCUGGUGUAUACUGGGGAGAUUGCAUCCACCAAUAUAAGAGGAGUCCUGCUCACACUUAUUGGAUUGUUCACUACUAUUGGAUCCAUAGUAUUAUUUUCGGCAGCAUCAUUUUUAUCUUAUAAUGCGACAUCGUAUCUUGGUUUCAUAUUAUUCGCAACAUUCACUCUAUGUGCAUUUAUGUUACCGGAAUCACCGAUGUACCACGUUUUGAAAGAAAAUGACAAUGCUGUAGAAAAAAUACUCCGAGAUUUGGAUAGAUUGGAAGAUUUAGAAAAAUUUAUCUCAUCAAAGAAAGAUUAUAAGACUAUAAGUAGUAAAAAAGACUGGGAAGAUUUAUUUACAAUAAAAAGUAACAGAAAAGCAUUGUUUCGAGUUAUGUCAAUUAACAUUUUACAACACUGUAGUGGUGUGAUGGCUGUUGUAUUUUUUUCUUCAACAAUAUUUGAAAUAGCUGAAUCGAAAAUAGAAGGUAAUACAGCGAUGAUAAUAAUUGGUGGUUGCCAACUAUUGGGAAGUGGAUUUACACCCUUCGUUAUUGAGAAAGUAGGAAGAAAACCCAUAUUGAUGAUUUCAUGUGUUAUUUGUUCUAUAACUAUGCUUAUGAUGGGGAUUUAUUUUUACUUAUUAGACGUAGAGAAUUCAGCGGUAGGAAAUAUGAAAUGGUUGCCACUAGGACUUUUAAUAUUAUUCUUUAUUGGAUACGAUUUAGGACUGGGAAUCAUCCCAAAUGUGUUAGUGGGUGAGAUGUUUACCCCAAAUGUUAGAAGCAAUGGUUCAUCUUUAGCAUUAACCACUUCCUGGAUAUCAGGUUUCUUAAUAACCACAGCGUUUGGAGCGGUUGUGAACAAGAUUGGUGCAUUUUAUCCAUUUUGGUUCUUUUCCUUUACGAGUGCCAUAACCUUUUUUUUCACAAUAUUUUUUGUACCGGAGACAAAGGGUAAAAAUUUGUUGGAUAUCCAAAAAGACCUUCAAGGUUGAAUUAUGUUUGUAUGGAAUUCUUCUUUUCCUGACAACAACUUCUUUUCCUGAUGACAAAGAAUUGAGUUUUUAUACUUAAAUUUAUUUAGGUGUUGUCAAUUAUCUUUUCACUUCAUACAUUUUCCUCAAUUAAAUAUUAGAUUGCUUAUUGUGAAAGGUUAGAGAGAAAAUAAAUCUAUUAUCAAAAAUAUUUCUCUCAACUAUUAGUAAAUGUAUAGCC